AUGACCAAGAGGGUGCUUGUUCCUGUGGCCGAUGGCACGGAGGACAUUGAAUUGUCUUGCAUCACCGACAUUCUGUGCCGUGCAGAAAUCCAGGUGACGGUCACAUCUGUGAUGGACAGCCUAAAUGUUGUUCUCUCCAGGGGCCUGAAGUUAACCGCUGACUCGCUUAUUAAGAACGAGUCGGCCGCCGCGUACGAUGGCGUGUUUCUUCCUGGCGGACUCCCUGGUGCAGACCACCUCGGCAAGUGUGCCGCACUGAAGAAGAUACUAGAGGACAUUCGCGCGCAGGACAAGUGGUACGGUGCCAUCUGCGCCGCCCCGGUCGUGUCGCUGGCCCCUAUGGGUAUGCUGGAGGGUGUGGCCGCGGUCACAUGCUACCCCGCAUUGAAGGACAAGGUUCCUCCGCAUGCACAGUGGUCCGCCGAUGCUGUUGUUCGCUGCGGCAAAUGCCUGACGAGUAAGGGUCCCGGGACAGCCUUUGCGUUCGCUCUCGCCAUAGUUGCUGCUCUUACAAAGAAGGAGGUUGCACAAAGCCUUGCGAAGGAUUUGCUUGUUGAGGAAUCUCCCUGCAUUGUGCAGACGCUAAGUAAGUUUUAA